UGGGUGCUCAGGUUGGACAGUGAACGCCCUGCCGUUUAUGUGCAGCCCAGCCUUUCAACUCCGCCGCCUUUUGGCUUCCAUUCACGAGCUUUUUCUACUCAUUUCCUAAGCCAGGUGCUUCGCAAUAGACGACAAACCUCCGAGAGGGAAGAGAAAACAUACACACGUACACAUACACGCAGACAGACACACGAACACAGAGUUCACUCCUUGACCACGGGACUUUUUUGCCUCACCUCGGCGGAUUUUGGCUGCUGCGCACAGGGGAAAGAAACAUUUAUAACGAUUUGCCGAAAUUCGAAAGAGUUGCGCUGUUGGAUUUUUUCACCGAUGCCUUUUUUACAGUUCUUCUCCGACUCUCCAGAAGUGGCAUGAUCGGCGUCCGUCAACAAGACAGGUGAAUUAUUUUCUCCACUCUGUUUUGGUGGCAUAAACAUUUUAACGUUAUUUUACAAGGACUGAUCGUGUCGCUUUAAAAAAAAAAAAAAAAAAGCCAUGUCCAAGCCGGCCGAUCACAUCAAAAGGCCCAUGAACGCCUUCAUGGUAUGGUCCCGCGGCCAGAGAAGGAAAAUGGCCCAAGAGAACCCCAAGAUGCACAACUCUGAGAUCAGCAAGAGGCUCGGUGCCGAGUGGAAGCUUCUCUCCGAAUCUGAGAAGCGGCCCUACAUUGACGAGGCCAAGCGACUGCGCGCGCAGCACAUGAAAGAGCACCCGGACUACAAGUACCGGCCGCGGCGCAAACCCAAGAACCUGCUCAAGAAGGACCGAUACGUGUUCCCUUUGCCCUACUUGGGCGACGCUGAACACUUGAAACUUCCGGUUUCCGCUGCCGACUCGUUGCUGGCUUCCGGGUCGGAAAAAGCGCGUGCGUUUUUGCCGCCUGCGGCCUCUGCGCCCUACUCGUUCCUUGACCCAAGUCAGUUCAGCUCUAGCGCUGCGCAGAAGAUGGCCGAUAUGCCACACGCCCUUGCCGCCGCUGCCGCCGGCUCGCUGCCCUAUGCCUCCUCACUCGGCUACCAGAACGGCGCAUUUGGCGGCCUGGCCUGUCCGGGGCAGCACACACACACCCACCCGUCACCCACCAACCCGGGCUAUGUAGUGCCCUGCAACUGCACAGCAUGGUCAGCGGCGUCCAGCCUGCAGCCCCCCGUAGCCUACAUCCUCUUCCCAGGUAUGGGUAAGAGCGGCAUCGACCCUUAUCCGACAGCGCAUGCUACAGCCAUGUAAAAUAACAAUACGAAAAGUUGUGCAGAGGGACAAUUUUGACUUUGGAAACUUGAACCACAUAAAACACACACUCUCACACACUCACAUAAAGAGGAUCGAAGUUAGAUCGGAUCAGUCGGGCUCUUCGAAAACUUCUACCUUGUUAAAACAAGACAGUUCUGCUCUUUGAACCUAUACGUUGAACCCCAAAAGACGUUUCUCUCUGGAAACUUUACAGAUGUAAGAUAAAUAAAUUAAUGAAUGAAUAGCCACGCAAAUGGGGAGCUCAGCCCAGAAGAAAACGCACUUCUCCAUGGAAACUUCAGUGAUAUUACCCUUAAAAAAAAGAGAGAGGAGACACAUUUUUUUGGAAACUUGAAUAAUUGUAAAGAAAAAAACAUAGGUCACAAAGUUAUAAAACAGCAAAAAAAAAGACGCUCUCUGAAGACUUGAAACGCGUAAACUGACUUUAGUGUCGCACUUUGCAAGCUUCAUCUCUGCCUGCACGAUGCGACCAGAGACAAGCGCAAAGCUCAUUUUGUACAGAGACCGUGAGGACUUUGAGAACUGGAAGAAAAAACUUUCGAUUUUUCAUCAUGCUCGUUUUUCCUCUCGGGACCUCUGCACGGGAACUUGGGAGUAGAUGUGAGAGAUCAAGGAGCCCUGAACUGUAAGAAAUGUAAAUGUUAUAACAUUUAUUAACGGCUGUCCGAUUAAGGAUGCCUUUAACUUUAUUUAUUAUGUACAUUUUUGAUGCUAUACUAAUAAUAAUUUUGUUUCAUGAUAUUAUUAUUAUGUUAUUUUAAAAGGCCCAUUUCGUUUGCACAAGUGACAUUCACCUAUCGUAUCUCUUGUAUAUUGUACUUAUAAUUUAGCACUCAGAUAAAACGGUUUGGAUCACGCUUA